AUGUCCAGUUCAAACACAAAGCCAUCUUCCCCUCCACCAUCUCGUACCAAAGACUCGGCUGCAUCCUCCUCCCAACCUCUAGCAGAUCAGCCAUUAAAACUGCAGGAGGAAGACCCUUCGCACGUGGACUGGACAAGAUCCUUCCACGGUCUCUCUGUCGAACCGUUUUCAAAAGACGCAGCCGAUGUCCUUCUUGCGCCGCUUGAUUCCGAGGACGUUGAGAUCAAACCAGACGGCAUUAUAUAUCUCCCGGAAAUAAAAUAUAGACGGAUUCUGAACAAGGCGUUCGGGCCUGGAGGCUGGGGUUUAGCGCCCAGGGGUGAAACAAUUGUCACUGAGAAGGCGGUCACUCGUGAAUAUGCCUUGCUUGCACAUGGCAGACUGGUCUCCAUAGCCCGAGGAGAGCAAGACUACUUCAACAAGGAUGGAAUUCCUACUGCAUCUGAAGGUUGCAAAUCGAAUGCCAUGAUGAGAUGUUGUAAAGAUCUUGGAGUGGCAAGCGAGCUCUGGGAUCCACGAUUCAUCCGAAAAUGGAAGGCCGCCAAUACUCGUGAGGUCUUCGUGGAGCAUCAAAGCACCAAGAGGCGUACCAAGAUCUGGGUCCGCAAGGUUGGUAUUGCCUCUGGCUUUUCAAAUGAUCCGUGUUGA